GACUGCCCGCCCACCAGCAUUACUAGCUGGUGGGAAUGAAACACCCAAAAGUUUUUUUUUAAAGACCAAGAAGAAGAUAACGUACUGCCUUGAGAAAGACAAGGAAGUAGAUACUCCUUUAUCAGAGACUUGACUAUAUAUAUAUACCGUAAGAAGAUGGACCGAUAUCCGUACUGCAUGAUGCGAUAGCAACCAAUGAGCGCCCAAGAACCUUAAAAUCAGACCACAUUUGGCGUUAAUAAUCCACAAAAUGACCAUAACAAAAAAUAAACAAGCUCAACCGCAAAUACAUCACCAAUAUUAAGAAAUGCAUAAGACAAACAAGCCACUAGUCACAAGUCUGUUCAAAACGUAUCGCGCAGAUGUGAAAGACGACGGACACCCGAGCACGUCAAUAACAGACAAAAACACUGAUGGAGUGAAGAAAAUAGUAUUGACCAAUCAUCGAAUCACCGUUAGAGAAUUUGCUGAGAAUCUAAACAUAUCAAUUGACUCUUGCCAUUCGAUUUUUAUCAAUGAUUUGGGCAUGAGACGGGUCGCCGCGAAAUUCGUACCAAAAUUGCUGAAUUUCGACCAAAAACAGCAUCGCAUUAACAUUGCUAAGGAGCUCUUGGCCUAAAUUUUUUCCACAGGGUCAUAACUGGCGAUGAAUCAUGGAUUCACGGUUAGGAUGUGGAAACCAAAGCUAAAUCAUCCCAAUGGAAGCUGCCGCAUAAGCCAAGACCGACAAAAGCGCUUCAUGUUACGUUGAAUGUGAAGGUUUUACUCACAGUUUUCUUCGAUUGCAGGGGCGUGGUGCAUCAUUAGUUCUUGCCACAGGGUAAAACAGUCAAUAAGGAAUAUUACCUGCCACACUAAUAUUGCCGCAGCCACCGUUUCCCCUGAUCUGGGCCCUGUGAUUUUUUCUUGUUCCCGAAACUGAAGAAACUUAUGAAAGGACGAUGCUACGCUACAAUUGAAGAAAUAAAAAGAUCAUUGAAGGAUGAGCUGAACAAAAUCACAAAAAAUUAUUUUUUGAAGCGUUUCGAGGUUUGUAAAAAACGUUAACACAAGCUUAUAAUAUCUGAUGGGGAUUACUUUG